GGUUUGUCCCGUUUGCCUCUUCCUGUUUACAUCUAAUUAUUUGAUCUAAGCUUAUGUACCAGCGCCCCCCCUCUCUCUCUCUCUCUCUCUCUCUCUCAUGAAAAUGCUGCUCGGGUAGCUCUGGUCUAUUUCGAUCUGCCGUGGGAGGAGUUGAGCAUCGCUGUUGCUUCUCUCCUCUAUUCUUUCCUCCUGCGCUCGUGUCGAGCUGUGACAGCCAGCGUUUCUCAUCCGCGCUUGGGCCUUGAAAGUCACCUAAGCCUCUGAGGGAGCGUCGCCAUGGCGCACGCCGCAGCCAGCAUCAAAAAAGCCCGCGUGGAGAUGGAGCAGGCUCCAGACCUGAAGGCGCUGGAGAAAGCCCGCGAGAAAAGGAGGCGCUCGCGGGAGAGAGCUGAGCGGAGGCGUAAGUCGGACAGUAACACCAGCUUCCUUCGAGCCGCACGGGCUGGAAAUAUUGACAAGGUGCUGGAGUUUCUGAAGGGCGGAGUCGACAUCUGCACCUCAAAUCAGAAUGGCCUCAACGCAUUACACCUGGCAGCGAAGGAAGGACAUCUGGACUUAGUCCAGGGGCUUUUGGACAAGGGAUCUUCUGUGGAUUCUGCAACCAAGAAAGGCAACACAGCGCUUCAUAUUGCUGCACUAGCGGGACAAGCAGAAGUGGUGAAGAUCCUGGUCAAGAGAGGAGCGGACAUUAAUGGACAGUCUCAGAAUGGAUUCACACCGCUGUACAUGGCAUCUCAAGAGAAUCAUAUAGAUGUGGUGAGAUAUCUUUUAGAGAACGGAGGAAACCAGAGCACUGCUACAGAGGAUGGCUUCACACCUUUGGCAAUCGCUCUUCAACAAGGCCAUAAUCAGGUGGUCUCAGUGCUUCUGGAGAACGACACCAAGGGUAAAGUACGUCUGCCCGCUCUGCACAUCGCCGCCCGCAAGGACGAUACCAAGUCUGCCGCCCUCCUGCUGCAGAACGAUCACAAUGCAGAUGUGCAGUCGAAGAUGAUGGUUAAUAGGACCACUGAGAGUGGAUUCACACCCCUGCACAUCGCCGCUCACUACGGUAACGUCAAUGUGGCCACACUGCUGCUCAAUCGAGGGGCCGCUGUGGAUUUUACAGCAAGGAAUGGCAUCACUCCUCUUCAUGUGGCGUCGAAGAGGGGAAACACUAAUAUGGUCCAUUUGCUGUUGGACAGAGGAGGUCAGAUUGACGCCAAAACAAGGGAUGGUCUCACACCUCUACAUUGUGCGGCGAGGAGUGGGCACGACACAGCAGUCGAGCUCUUACUGGAGAGAGGAGCCCCCAUGCUGGCCAGAACGAAGAAUGGUUUAUCUCCGCUUCACAUGGCAGCGCAGGGGGACCAUGUGGAGUCUGUUAAACACCUGCUGCAGCACAAUGCACCUGUUGAUGAUGUCACACUGGACUAUCUGACCGCCCUGCACGUGGCCGCUCACUGUGGUCACUACAGAGUCACCAAACUUCUGCUGGACAAGAGAGCCAAUCCAAACGCUCGAGCCCUGAACGGUUUCACGCCGUUACACAUCGCCUGCAAGAAAAACAGAGUGAAAGUGAUGGAGCUCCUGGUGAAAUAUGGCGCGUUCAUUCAAGCCAUCACUGAGUCCGGUCUCACACCCAUCCACGUGGCAGCGUUCAUGGGUCAUCUCAACAUUGUUCUUCUCCUCCUGCAGAACGGAGCUUCACCUGAUGUCAGCAAUAUACGAGGAGAGACGGCUCUACACAUGGCCGCACGGGCUGGACAGGUUGAGGUGGUUCGCUGUCUUCUGCGGAACGGUGCCAUGGUGGAUGCAAGAGCGAGGGAGGACCAGACUCCUCUUCAUAUCGCCUCUCGUCUGGGUAAAACUGAGAUGGUUCAGCUCCUCCUCCAGCACAUGGCUCACCCGGAUGCCGCCACCUCCAAUGGUUACACCCCUCUCCACAUCGCUGCUCGCGAGGGACAUCUGGACGUGGCUUCAGUGCUACUGGAGGCCGGAGCCGCACACUCUUUAGCUACCAAGAAAGGGUUCACGCCUCUACAUGUGGCAUCAAAGUACGGCAGUCUGGAUGUGGCCAAAUUUCUUUUGCAGCGACGGGCUUCUCCGGACUCGGCUGGCAAGAAUGGUCUCACUCCUCUACAUGUCGCUGCUCACUAUGAUAACCAGAAGGUGGCGCUCCUACUUUUGGACAAAGGGGCAUCUCCUCACGCCACAGCCAAGAACGGAUACACUCCGCUCCACAUCGCUGCUAAGAAGAAUCAGAUGGAAAUAGCCACGACACUUCUGCAGUACGGAGCAGAGACCAACAUUCAGACCAAACAGGGUGUGACUCCACUUCAUCUGGUGUCUCAGGAGGGUCACAGUGAGAUGGCUGCUCUUCUUCUACAGAGAGGAUCACACGUCUAUGCUGCCACAAAAAGCGGUCUGACAUCUCUUCAUCUCGCUGCCCAAGAAGACAAAGUUGGUGUUGGUGAGAUCCUAGUUAAAAACGGCGGCAGCAUCGACCAGCAGACCAAAUUGGGAUACACUCCUCUGAUCGUGGCGUGUCAUUAUGGAAACACCAAGAUGGUUAAUUUUCUAUUGAAAAGUGGAGCCAGUGUCAACGCCAAAACAAAGAAUGGUUACACACCUCUACAUCAGGCCGCACAACAAGGCAACACACACAUCAUUAAUGUUUUACUGCAGUGUGGAGCCAAACCCAACGCCAUCACUGUGAAUGGAAACACGGCUCUGGCCAUCGCACGCCGCCUCGGCUACAUUUCUGUGGUCGACACACUGAAGGUCGUAACGGAGGAAAUCAUCACGACCACAACGACGGUGACAGAGAAACACAAGCUGAACGUCCCUGAGACCAUGACGGAAGUUCUCGAUGUGUCGGAUGAAGAAGUUCUUCUGCAUGUAGAUGAUGGGGCGAUGUCCGAUGACUCUUUUGAUUUUGAAGGCGACGACACGAUGACAGGUGAUGGUAUUGAGUAUUUGAGAGCUGAGGAUUUAAGAGAGUUAGGAGAUGAUUCCCUACCUGGACAGUACCUGGACGGAAUGAACUACCUGCGCUUCAGUUUAGAAUGUGGACGAUCUGACAGUCGCAUGCAAAGUUUGGACAGGUCCUUCACGCCCACUCACCAAGGUUACUACCCUGCAAAGCAUUAUGGGAUGUUGGAGGAUAUGAUGUACAGCAAUCAGGGUUAUGUCAGAGAGAACGAGAAAGACUGGGAAACUGAAAACCUGGACAACAUCGCUCUGUCCGCAAGCCCGGCUCAUUCUGGUCACUCUUCUCCAUGUCGUGACCAUGACAACAGCAGUUUCCUAGUCAGCUUCAUGGUGGACGCUCGUGGAGGAGCCAUGCGAGGGUGUCGGCACAACGGUCUGCGGAUCAUCGUUCCCCCGCGGAAAUGCAGCGCCCCCACCCGCGUCACCUGUAGACUGGUCAAAAGACACCGGCUAGCCUCGAUGCCCCCCAUGAUGGAGGGAGAUGGUCUGGCCAGCAGGGUGAUAGAGGUCGGACCCUCAGGAGCUCAGUUCCUCGGUAAGCUCCACCUCCCUCAUGCCCCGCCCCCGCUGAAUGAGGGCGAGAGUUUGGUUAGCCGCAUUCUGCAGCUGGGGCCGCCAGGGACAAAAUUCCUGGGACCUGUGAUCGUGGAGAUUCCUCAUUUUGCGGCUCUCAGAGGGAAAGAGAGAGAGCUGGUGAUCUUGAGAAGUGAGACGGGCGAGAGCUGGAAAGAACAUCACUGCGAAUACACAGAAGAAGAACUCAACCAGGUCCUCAACGGGACGGAUGAGGGACUGGAUCCUCCCGAAGAGCUGGAGAGAAAGCGCAUCUGUCGCAUCAUCACCCGAGAUUUCCCACAGUACUUUGCGGUGGUGUCACGGAUUAAGCAGGACAGUAAUCUCAUUGGUCCAGAAGGUGGAAUUCUGAGCAGUACGGUGGUUCCACAGGUCCAGGCGGUGUUCCCAGAGGGAGCGCUCACUAAACGCAUUCGUGUUGGCCUGCAGACUCAACCCAUGAGUGUGGAUGUAGUGCGGAAGAAUCUGGGUAAUAAAGCCACGUUCAGUCCAAUAGUAACUCUGGAGCCACGGAGGAGGAAAUUUCAUAAACCCAUCACCAUGACGAUCCCCGUCCCGAAGAGUUCUGAAGAACCAAUUCUCAGCGGCUUUGGAGGAGGAGAUACGCCUACAUUACGUUUAUUAUGCAGCAUCACAGGUGGGACCACUCCAGCUCAAUGGGAGGAUAUUACUGGAACAACACCAUUAACAUUCACCAGUGACUGCGUGUCUUUCACCACCAAUGUGUCGGCCAGAUUCUGGCUGAUCGACUGCAGGCAAGUGCAGGAGUCGGUGAACUUUUCCACUCAAGUGUAUCGGGAAAUCAUCUGCGUACCGUACAUGGCCAAAUUUGUCAUCUUUGCCAAAACGCACGACCACAUUGAAGCUCGACUGAGAUGUUUCUGUAUGACUGACGAUAAAAUGGACAAAACUUUGGAGCAGCAGGAAAAUUUCACAGAGGUGGCGCGCAGCCGUGAUGUUGAGGUGCUGGAGGGAAAGCCAAUCUACGUCGACUGUUUCGGGAAUCUUGUCCCCCUGACCAAAAGCGGUCAGCAUCAUGUCUUCAUCUUUUACGCCUUCAAAGAAAACAGACUGGCUCUUUUUAUCAAAAUACGAGACAACACUCAAGAGCCGUGCGGACGCUUGUCCUUCACGAAGGAUCCGCGGUCUUAUAGGAGCUUGACUCAUACUGCUAUUUGUAAUCUAAACAUCACCCUGCCAGUUUACUCAAAGGAAUCAGAUUCAGAACAAGAACCUGAUGAGGAGACAAGCCGAACACUUGAAAAAUACGAUGAAGACACAGAGACAACAGAAACAACAUUCCUGAAAGCGCAGUUAAUCCGAGACUCGCCUGCUCUUGCAAGCCCAGAUUUACUUUCUGAAGUGUCAGAGAUGAAGCAAGAUCUUAUCAAAAUGACUGCUAUUCUGACCACUGAUUCCUCAGAGAAAACCAGUCAAAUGCGAGGGGAUUAUUUAGAUAAGGGGGCCGAGGAGGUGUCAGCAGAGCCUUUCGAGAUAAUGGAAAAAGUCAAAGAGGAUCUGGAGAAAGUUAGUGAAAUUCUGAGAAGUGGAACAUGUGAGAAGGAAGAGUCUGCAAAAACAGAGAGUCGUUCGAACCGGAAGGAUGAGGGGUGGGUUCUCCUAACAGACAGUGAAAUUGAAGAGGCCAAAAUGAUGGCAGCUUUUGAAUCUCAAGAAUCACUUCUUAAGGAAGCAAGAGUCAUCCGAGGGUCUCAUAGAGGAAAGGCUCCUAGAGGCACAUCUGGCAUAGAGACCAAUCUCAGCAGUGAAGGAAAGGAGUAUCUACUGGACACACCUGAAACAUCUAGGGCUUCAUUCCAAGACACAGCAUCGCAGCAAAGGUUUACUGAGGUUGUUCUGCGCAGAGGUGGUAGAAAAAUUGUCUCUACAGUGGUAAAAGACACUAAAACAGAAUUAAAAAAGCCAGUCAGAAAGAAAGGACCUCACGGGCACACCGAUGAAACCCAGUUAUUAACCACAAAAGAAGGCAUUGUGAGUAAAACCCUCGAUAUGUCUUCAGAAGGGGAUGGCCUCUUGCCUGUUCCUGGAGACCAGAAAAAAUCUCCAGUGUCACCAGUAGUUGAGGAGACACCGAUAGGUUCUAUUAAAGAGAAAGUUAAGGCUCUUCAGAAGAAAGUUGAGGAAGAGAAAAAAGGUGGUAAAAAACAGAUAGGCCAAAAGACACCAAAUAAAGCAUCAGAAAGUAAACCAUCCCCUGCUGUCAAAGAGCAGAAAACAUCGGGCCUGAAAAAGCAAUCUGCUUCACCCCAGAAACAGCCUCCUCCCAAAACAACCAAACCAGAGUCUGAGAAACUAGAAGAAACUAUGUCUGUAAGAGAGCUAAUGAGAGCAUUUCAAAAAGGCCAAGAUCCCUCAAAAAGAAAAUCUGGGCUUUUUGAGCACAAAAGGUCUUCCAAAACAGAUGCAAUAACUGUUAGUCAACCAGAGGCCGUACUCACAAUGUCCAAAUGUCUUCCCCAAACACCCUCACAUGAAGAUUCUCUGGAUGUUUUAAAGCCUGGUGUCUCUAAAGACACUACAGGAGAUCAAAAGAGUCUUCAGUCCCAGAAAGAUGGCGAGGGUGUGGCCUCUGGUCAAGACUCUGGUAUGACAAAAGCAAUUUCACAAAGAUUGUCAAGACCAGAUCUUUUACCUGACAGCCGUACAGAAAACAGUGCAUUUGAAGACAGCUCAGACAGCCUUAAACAUGAAGUCGAUGAAUUGAUCGACUCGCCCAAUGCAAGCCUCGGUGAAGUGGAAGCCACAGUGAGUUCUGAGGACAGUUACAAACAUGAGGGUAUGGCUGAAUCUCCAGAAACAAGCCCCGAGAGCCUCUCAUCCCCAAAAAAGACAACUAUGUCUGUACCUGGAAAGACAUCAAAAGCGAUAGCGGUCACCCCUAAAGUCAAAACAAGUAAAGUAUCGGUAUCCUUUUCUACUGAGGUGAAGACAGCUAUUGAACAAAUAUCUGAACAUGCAACUCAUCGUCCAGCAGCGAGUAAAGCAGUGGGCGAACCAACUAAAAGUGAGUCCAUGUGUAGUCCUCAUAGCAAAGUAGUCAAAUUUGGGAAUGAGCAAACCUCUGUCGAUGAAGACGUUAUUUUGGUAUCAUCUAAGCCACCUAAAUCUCGAAAACUAACAAAAAGGCAUUCUGAAACAUUAGAGAGCUUUUUGAGUGAUGAAGAAUCCUUUGAUGGUCAGCCUACCUAUACUGACUCCCUGGCCGCAAGGGCACCUAUACAGGAUCAUGGUGGUUUAGUGUUGCCUCUUAGACACCAAGAUUCAGAAACCCUUAGUCCAGUAGCUGAUGACUCUUUUAGCCACAAGGACUCUUUAGAGGGUAGUCCCUUGAUGGAAGACAACUCUUCCCAUAAAACCCCUGACUCAAUUGAGCCUAGCCCAACGAAAGAAUCACCGUGCCGUGACUCCUUAGAAAGCAGCCCCGUAGAGCAGAAAACCAACCCGGCUUUUCCACCUACAGUAGAACAACCCAGUGCGACUGCAGAAAACCUGACAUCCUCCGGAGCCCCUGAAAUCCCCCCAGACAGUUUGCGUAGUAGAAUUCUCAAAGAACAGGAGGGUAAUGCCGACGAGGACAGUUGUGAGCAGACGUCCCUGAUGACAAGCUCGGGUAAGAGCCCUCUCUCACCUGACACACCCAGUUCUGAAGAGGUAAGUUAUGAGGUCAAUCCUAAAACCCCAGACCCCAUGAUCCUGAUUGUUCCCCUUAAGCCAUCAAUAAUUCCUGAGGAGGCAGUAGAAGAUGUUGAUGAGUUGAAGUGUGGCCUGAAACAGAGGAAAAUUACUCCAGAGGAAGAGAUGUUUAAAAUGGCUGCCAAAAUAAAAACAUUUGAUGAAAUGGAGCAAGAUGCAAAAGACAAAAUGGACAAUAGAAAAGAUAGUGAGUCCUCUCAGACGUUGCUAGUGUCUGAUGCAGGAGAUGUCAACUUGCUGUCCAAACAUGAAACAUCCUCUGUUGACGAUGUUGGGUUUAUUGAGUCCAAACAAGCUUCAGAGGUAGCACGGUCUGUUGAACCGAUCAUUAAAGUACAACCUCCCUCUCCUUUUCCAGCAGGUAUACAUAUGAGCCCCCAAACAGCUGAGGAUGUUCGCCAAACCAUGGCCCAAGGUGCAUCGUUUUCGGCUGAAUCAGCAGUGGGGAGACCUCAGUCUGUCUCAGAAAAGCACACAGUACCACCUCAAGGCCUCCACAGUGAGAAACACACGGACAAAGGAUAUGUUAAUUCAGAGUUAUCGCAAUCGAACCAAACUGCCUCUAACAACAACAAAGUGGCUGCUAAUAUAACUGAUGAACAAAAAGAGGAAAGCUUGAAAAAAUCAGGGGAAAGUCAAGAGAUCCUUCAAAAGCAGAGCGAGGGAGCCAUUCACAAAAAAGAUGAUCUUAAACCCCUUAGCCAGAAAGAAUGUAAUGUUACAGAUGAGAUUAAAGGUGAUUACAUGAAGCAUGCAGGGACAUCUUAUGGGGAUAUUUGUAGUGGCAGUAUAGAAAUUGUUAUUGGGCAAACCAAGGAAACAUUUAAACCAGAAAUAUGUAUUUAUGAUGACACAGAGGAAGACGAAGCUGGAGUAGAACCUCCCAAGACUGAGUCUAGAGGAGUCACAGCAAAAGCAGAGUCGGAUGCCUGGAAUUCAAUGAGGGAGGAUGACGAUGCCUUCGCUGCAAGACUCAAAGAGGAAGAGCAAAAGAUUUUGAGCCUGGCUGUAGAUUCCCACUCUCAGGGGGAAACUCCAGACACAACACGGACGCCUACUGAGGAGGGUACACCGACAAGCGAACAAAACCCUUUCCUCUUUCAAGAGGGAAAACUUUUUGAGAUGACGAGAAGUGGUGCCAUAGACAUGACAAAAAGGAGUUAUGAGGAGGGGUUUGCAUUUUUUCAAAUAGGAGAGCAACCCGUUGAAGAAGGUGGGGGUGAAACUGCAAGAGCUUCCAGUGAUGCUGUCAGUGAGAUUGGCUGCAACCUCUCCUUGAAGAUUAAGCCAGAGGAGGAUCAGGCAGCAGAUUUAUCCGUCCGUUCUUCAGCUGAGGCUGUAGCUACAGUGUCAGAUGCCUCAAAGUCUAAAACCUCUGUCAAGACUUCAGAGAAGAAUCAAACAGUGACAGAAACUGUAGAUGUAAAAUCAGACAAAGUAAUAAAAGAGACCCAUUUAGAGUCUGAUCUUGAUUCUUCUGACACUGUCAUAACCAAUAUUCAGACUGCUGUGUCAACAGUUACUAGAUCAGUUCACUCCCAACAGGAUCAAGAGUCCUCAGAUUCCUCACCAGAAGAUCAGCAUUCAGUUAUAGAGCUACCCAUGACCCCUGAAAAGACAUCCCCUUUUUCGGAGGGUAUGUCAAAAUCCCAAAGUAAAUUAGUUUCUAAAAGUCGCCCUGUAGCUUCUUCAUCUGCUAAAACUAGAAAAAACAUAUCCACCCCCAUAGAGGUGGACAAACCAAAAUCUAGAAUCCCUGUAAAAGCUAGCGCCCUCAAAUCAGAACCUGAGACAUCAGCCAAGCGUGCAGAACCAUCAAAAGAUAAGAAGUCUAAGUUGCCAAGGAGAAAAUCUGAGACAGACACAGGUCUAACCAUAGGCUCCAGCUUUAAAAAGUCUUCCAAAGCCAAGAGCUUCUGUGAAAGUGAUUCUAAUAAGAGACCAACCAAAAAAGACCAGGGUCGUCCAGCAAGCACAGACUUGGCCAACAAAGUUAAGACUAUCCCUUCAAGACUACCAGUCAGGGGAAAGCCUGGUCAGCCAAUGCACACCUCCACACCAGCCAAACCUAAAAAAGGCCCAUCCACUGACACAAGCAAUCAGCCUGAUGCAUUUUUUGAAGAGAUUAGUCAGGAGGCAGCUAAGGUAGUCAAAAGUUUGGCUCAGGCAGAGAAAGAAAAAGAGGAGGCUGCUGCGCUGUCUGAUGACGAAAGCAGCACUAUUGAUGCCUCUGUAGUAGAAAUGGAACCUUUUCCAGAUAUGCAAAUGCCUUUUCCUGAGGAUCCCUUGGUCAUUAGACCCAGAUGGGACGACCCAGUUGAGACGCAGAUGGAACGAAUCCCUGCUGAUAAAGUCCGGUGUCAAGUAGAUCCACAAGAUGAGGCUGACAGGAGAGAAAGUCGCCUGGCUGUAAUAGCUGAUCAUCUCGGUUUCAGCUGGUCGGAAUUGGCUCGAGAGCUGAAAUUCAGUGAUGAGCAGAUCAAUAGGAUAAGAAACGAGAAUCCCAAUUCACUACAAGACCAAAGCCAUGCCCUCAUAAAGCUUUGGAAAGAAAGAGAGGGAAAAGAUCCAGCAGAGAGCACUCUGAUGAAGACGCUUACAAAAAUAAACCGCAUGGACAUUGUGCAUCUCAUUGAAACAAAGAUCAUGCUUUCAAGUCAGAAACAGUCAUUGCACACUUAUGCAGAAAUUGAACAAACUAUAUCACUGGAUCAGAGUGAAGGUUUCUCAGCCCUGCAGGAGGACAUGGACAGUCCUGGCUCGGGUCGGCGAGCAGCGGUCACUCAACGUGGGUCAGAACCUGGAGCACUGGUGGCUUCUGUUGAGGACCUCUCCUUCAAUGCAUCUUCUUUUCAUGAAUCCCAGAUAGAGACGUUGCUAACAGAAAAGAAAAAGGAUUCAGACGUGGUUGGAGGUUCAGCUCAAAGUGGUUUUGAGUUUGUUGGAUUAAAGCAGCAAUUUCCGGGCACUACCAAAAAAGGAGAUGACAUGCCAGAAAUCUCUCCUCAUGCGGUGACUGAAGAACAGUACACGGAUGAACAUGGAAAUAUGGUGAUCAAAAAGAUAACACGGAAAGUGAUUCGUAAGUUUGUAUCAGCUGAUGGUGUGGAGAGAGAGGAAGUGUUGAUGAUGGAGGGACCGCAGCAGGAGUCGGUUCGUGUGGAUGAAGCUGAUGCUUUCUCUAAAGUACUCAAGAGGACUGUAGUGCGCAGCGCUGGAGAUCAGACUCAGGUGACGUUCUCUGAACCUUCUACUUACGGCGGAGCGACGGCCUCGGAGUUCGAGGACGAGCCGGUACUGGGUCGCAAGGUCAGCAAGGUGGUCAAAACCAUGGUAGUGCAGGGAGAACGGAUGGAGAAACACAUCGGAGACCCGUCGCUGUCAUCAGAUCUCCCUUCAGCCAAAGACGACUUUGUGAAGGCAUUGACCUUUAUAGGAGCCUUUGAUAAGGUUCUCCUGCCUCAUUUAAUAGAGCAAGAGGUGGUGAAAGAGGACGGAUCUGUGGUCAAAAGGACCCGCAUGCAUAAGACACGCACUCAGAAGCGAACAGUAGUGAGGGACGGCCGAGCCAAGCAAACCCACCUGGAACGACUAGAAGACACUCCGGACACCCUGCGACCCGACGACCUUCAGCAGCAUCUCAGUCAACUGCUUCAACGCUACUGCACACCCGAGGUCACCGACAUGCCCGACGCCGGGCGAGACUCGCACGCUGGAGAGCAGGACGAACCACAAUAGGUUCUCAUCAUCUACAGAAUGUGUGCUUCGGUUGUGCCAGGUGUUUAUGGAGGACGACUUCGAAUGUGUGUGUAGCCAUUGCUUUUAAAUCCAAGUCCCAUUUGGUUGUUUUUAAAUCUUAAUUUAUAUUUAUUUCAUUCGUUUUUUAAUUCUUCAUUCUUGAACAUUUCUUUCGUCCCGAUUUUUCAAUUAAUUUGAUCAUUUUGUGACCAAAGAUAGAUUGAACUGCUGAGUGAAUUAUACCUUAGUUGUCAUAUUGCUUGCUGUGGUAGGACGUGCAUCUAAACGAUGAAAAACUAAAUGUGGAUGCUGACCUCAUUGUUAAGACACUGAAGGCGAGAAGACGUUUUUGUAAAUAAUGGACAAUACUGUAUGUGUGUGUGAACUACAGAAACUAUAAAAGCAACAUAUACUCCACCGUCGGUGCGGCUGCAAGAAAAAUAUCAUCAAAUAUCAGAGUGUAUUUGGGCAUGAGAGUUCAAGUGUGGUAAUAUCUGACUAUUUAUACUCGAUGUCAUGCUGUAGUCCUUCAUAAUCCCAGAAUGCUUCUGAAUGUUUUUGUUUCUCGAAGUGAGAAUUUUUCAUCAUUUUACCGUGGAUUAAAUUGCUUGAAUGCGUUCACCAAUAAGCAUUUAGAAAUUCAUAGCAAAAUAAAUAUUUCAUCACUACACCAGAUCACAAGUGUGAUAUUAUCUGCGUAACCUACAGUGUGUGUGUGUGUGUGUGUGUGUUCACUGUGACAGAUGUUUUAUUUGACUCACUAUGACUCACUACGUUUUUGUUUUUAAUCAUUUUAUUUCGGUUUCGAGUCCUAGUUUUUUCCACAACUUUUCCAAGUAUGACUGAAUUGAAUGAUGAACUUUUGAGAUUGUGUGCUUUGACGUGUAUCUCUUCCUCAUCUGUGCUGGCUCUCAAGGCACUUACAAUAAAACUGAGAAGAGCAAGGUCCUAACUAAUGAA